AGAAAAUUUUUAGGGAGGUAUUUGGUUUUAGAUGCGUUCGCGCAAGAAAAACAGAUAAGAGAAGGAAAAGAUCUCCCAACCCGCUACUUCACUCUCACUCACAGUCGCCGCCGUUAAUUGGAUAAGCCUCCAGUUUAGUGCUAUACCGCCUACGCCUCUUUCUUUUGAAAUGGCGCAUUCGUGCGUCUCCUCUUCUUCUGUCAGAUUCAACUCAUCUUCACUUUCUUUCUCUUCUUCCAAUCCUCUUUAUUCCGCUCCAUCCUCAUCGAAGAACCUCUCUCUCGCCUUCCAACCCCUCCGUUCUAGGAAAUUGAAGAAAUUGAACCUACGGAGUUCUUCGGUGAAGGCGAUAUACGCUCCGGAUGAGAGCUCACGCCUUGGUAUUUGGUCGAUUAGGGAUGAUUUGCAAGUUCCGUCAUCACCAUACUUUCCAGCUUAUGCGCAAGGGGCACAGGGUCCGCCUCCGAUGGUCCAAGAGCGCUUUAUGAGUGUUAUCAGCCAACUUUUUCAAUAUAGGAUAAUACGAUGUGGUGGAGCAGUUGAUGAUGACAUGGCGAAUAUCAUUGUUGCUCAGUUGCUCUAUCUGGAUGCUGUUGAUCCUACUAAAGAUAUAGUCAUGUAUGUGAACUCUCCAGGUGGAUCAGUUACAGCUGGUAUGGCUAUAUUUGAUACUAUGAGGCAUAUAAGGCCUGAUGUUUCAACUGUAUGCGUUGGGCUAGCAGCUAGUAUGGGAUCUUUUCUACUCAGUGCUGGUACUAAAGGAAAAAGAUAUAGCCUUCCCAACUCAAGGAUAAUGAUCCAUCAGCCUCUUGGUGGAGCACAAGGUGGACAGACUGAUAUUGAUAUUCAGGCAAAUGAAAUGUUGCAUCACAAAGCAAAUUUAAAUGGUUACUUGGCUUACCACACUGGUCAAAGCCUAGAGAAGAUCAACCAGGAUACUGAUCGUGACUUUUUCAUGAGUGCCAAAGAAGCUAAAGAGUAUGGGCUUAUAGAUGGUGUUAUCUUGAAUCCUCUUAAAGCCCUGCAGCCACUUGCAGCUGCAGCAGAACAACAGUAAGGCAGCUUAGUCUUAAUGCUACCUCUUUGUCUUGACUGGGCUCAGGUUACAUAAAAUCAAUAACAUGGACUAUGUUGAUCUCAUUUGAGGCUAGAUAAUUUAGAAUCAAUACCAAAUUAUUGUGACCUGUUCCAAACCAGGAAGAUCUCUCUGUACUGCAUUUACUGUUAGUAUUAUUUAGUUGUAACUAUGACGUGAACACAAGUUUCUAAGGGGUGUUUUCGUUCGCAUUGGCUUUGGUUCCUGUUCCCUAUAUGUUCUUACAAGCAUAAUAAUUCCUACUUUCUGGUGAUGAUUGAAGAACCUGUCUGCUCAUUCGGUGAUGAUUGAGGAGCUUACUAUGUAACAGGAUAAAUUUUAUCUCGAUUCCGAUGGAUUAGUUGAAUGUUUUAAUUACAUGAA